CAAGAUGAAGCUGAACAUCUCCUUCCCCGCCGCCGACUGUCAGAAGCUCAUCGAGGUGGAUGAUGAGCGCAAGCUCCGCACCUUCUAUGAGAAGUGCAUGGCCACGGAAGUAGCCGCUGAUGCUCUUGGUGAAGAGUGGAAGGGUUAUGUGGCCCGGAUCAGAGGUGAGAAUGACAAGCAAGGUUUUCCCAUGAAGCACGGUGUUCUGACCCAUGGCAGAGUGCGCCUGCUGUUGAAUAGGGGGCAUCCCUGUUACAGACCAAGGAGAACUGAAGAGAGGAAGCUCAAGUCUGUUCGAGGAUGCAUCGUGGACGCUAAUCUCAGUGUUCUCAACUUGGUCAUUGUAAAGAAAGGAGAGAAGGAUAUUCCUGGACUGACAGAUACUACUGUGCCUCGUCGGUUGGGACCUAAAAGGGCUAGUAGAAUCCGAAAGCUUUUAAAUCUCUCCAAAGAUGAUGAUGUCUGCCAGUAUGUUGUCAGGAAGCCCUUAAACAAAGAAGGUAAGAAGCCCAGGACCAAAGCACCCAAGAUCCAGGGUCUUGUUACUCCACGCAUCCUGCAACACAAAUGCCGACGUAUUGGUCUGAAGAAGCAACGCACUAAGAAGAACAAGGAGGAGGCUGCAGAAUUAAGUUAA